AUGAUAUUUAUGAUACCUGCACUUGCAUUUCUACGCACAAGACAACUCCGCCCCGGAUCCAGUUCAACUUCACUUCAUCUCACCCGCAGAUUGAUUGAUCCUCUUAUUGCCGAACACCUGUCCAUUUGUCUGUCUCCAAGGCGUACUGAACUCAACCUAGCUCAAUUCGAUUCAAUUGAACUGAACAGUGUUGGAAAGAAAGAGCGAGAAAUAUAUAUAUAUAUAUAUCUACCCGCACCUUGGCGUUUCCCAGGACUAAAUAGUGCCAAGAUUUCUGGGUAGCUUUUAAAACCGGCAAGUGCAUACAACAGAGCCCUUAAGAUCUCAUCUCCAUCUGAUCUCUGCCUCGCUCGUGCAAAGUUUCAUAAGAACCAACAGAUGGACAAAAGCAUCACCGCCCCGUGGGUAUCGCAGCUAAGAAGCAAAAGCUAAGCGGGGUGGAGAAGAAAGAGAAUUGAAAAAAAAGAAUCAAAAAAGUAAAUAUCAACAUAAAAGGAAAGGACCACAAGUAGUAGCAAAAGUGAACAACAAUUCUCAACACCUUACUUCCUCUUCUAUCCAAACAGGUGCCCUUUUUUUUUUGAGGGGGGGAAGGCCCCAAUGUUCAACCAAAUAAAAGUUGCAAAAAAUCCAAAAAAAAAAAAAAAA